CGACCCUGAAGGAAAAAAAUACCGAUGACACCAGGAGAUUUUGUUUUAAAGGUCGCUCGCGUUGUUGUGUUCCGUACAAAGCCUGGGCUAGAAAGGCCUGGAUGAACAGUUUGAAGAUACGUUGCAGACGGCAAUUAAAUGAAUUUGGCAUUGAAUUGAAAAUAUUUUUGAAAUGUUAAGGCUUUAAAACCAUAAAUGAUGCUUACGUACGGUUGGAGGAGUAUGUUUGAUUGGGCCUAUUCCGGUGUUGAUCCCAAAUUCGCUGGCAAUGGUGGCCCGGAAUGCGUCAAUUUUCUCAGCACCAAACAGAGAACGGUAGAAACUGUUGUGAUUUGUCUGAUAUCAAUACUUGAGAUGGCGAUUGCAUGGAAGCACUUGAAGGUGCCAGCGCAUAUUCCGGAGGAACGCAAUUAUCGACUCGGGAAAAGGUUACUCCUAGUUUUACUGUGCCUGACCCUUGGAAUAGAGAUUGGAUAUAAAUUAGCUACAAAGACUGUAAUAUAUCUGCUUAAUCCCUGUCAUGUUCUUUCAAUGGUUCAGAUAUAUUUGUUAGCUGUUCCACCAAGCAAAACAGUACUUGUUGUCUUUAGAAUGCAAAUGACAUCACUUAGUUGCCCACUGCUUGCGAUUUUGUUGCCCGUUGUGAAUACCAGAUUGUUACCAUUUGAAACUGAAAUUUAUUGGCUUCAACACAUUCUUAUAUACGUGGUAAUUCCACCAUACUUGUUAAGCUUAAGAGGUGCUUAUACUACUGAACCUUGGGGUAACAUGUGGUGGUGUAUGUUUACUACUGGUGUGCUGUUCCUUUACCAUAUGUUACCACUACAAUUAAUAGGUUUGGUUCUUGAAGUUAAUCUGAAUAAUAUGGUUUGUCCGGCACCAUCUGACCCAUUCUUUGGACCAUGGUACCGUCUAUAUGCCUUGGUUCACCAACACUUGCUACUGCCAAUUCACCUUCUCAUCUAUACAGCUAUUGUCAAGUUCUUAGUUCCUUGCGGCACAGCUGAUCAGACUUGUAACGGAAACAUCGAGAAAAAAGAGUAUUAAAUAUGUAAGAAUUUCAAAGAAUUAGUAAUCAGUAUUUUAUGUUUUAUCAAUACAAAAAUGAAAGAUUUUCAUGCAGACAAUAAUUAUCCUAUCCAAUAACAAUACAGGUUGAAAGUUAGACUCUUAUUUUUACAAUAAUUUUGCAUAUAAAGUUAAGUACCCUAGAGCCAGACCAGGUUGUGUAUGCACUUUGAGGUGCUGAGAAUUUGACUUCAGAAAUUGGUUCAGGGUGGUCCAAGAAUCAUUCUUUGCUUGGUAACACAUUUUCCUGACAAAAGGUCAGGAUCAAAGGUCAAAGAUAUAAGGUCCUUGUAUCACCGCAUCCACAGGUGGUAGAGAGUUGAAUUUGCCAAAUUGUUGUGAACAUGCAUAUUUCUAUUUGCUAUAAUAGAACAUUUUGAUAAAAAAUGACCGAAAAUGCCGUCUCUGACCUUUGACAGGUUUCAAGGUCAUAGUCAUAUCAUCCUUAUAUCUCGGCAUUUCCGGUCAUUUGUUAGCAAACUCUUUUAUUAGACCAAAAGAAAUAUGAAUGUUCUGAACACAUUGGCAGCACAAUUAACUCUACCACCAGUGAUUGUGAAGAUAUAAGAACCCUAUUGCUAUGACUUUGACAAUCAUAACAUAAAAAACAUCUAAUCUUGAGACAUCCUAUGGAUGCACAGUAUGUCAUGUGUAAAAUAAUUUUAUUGAAAUUUAUUAGAAUAUAAUAGGCAUUUACCCAAGUUAAAACAUUUGCCACACUUUGGCUUGUAUUAUUUUAAUUAUAAUGAUGAUAAUAUCUUCACUGAUUGUGACUGUAAGGUGUUGAUUGUUUUUAAGCUUUCAUCAUUGUAAGAACAAAAAGUUAUCUUAUUGAUAAAAUUUUAUAUUAUAUGUUACAUUCUGGUGUUAGACUUUCUAGAAUAUUCAGUUACUUAACUGAACCUUGCAGAUCUCAAGGUUCCCGGUUCAAUUCCCAUCGCUGCCUCUCCUUGUGUUUCAGCUGGAUGGCUGAAAUGCAAGUUACAAUAGCGCACCAUCUUUCGUAUGAGACAUGUAAGCCAUUGGCCUUGUGUGCAUUUAUGGCCCAUGUGCACAUUAAAGAUCGCAGUACACUCUUCGGAAAAGAGUAGGGGAUUGUCUCUUGGUUUACUGCCCAAUCAUUUCCAGAAGGACUCUGCUGGAAAUAAGUCUUUUUCUAGACGUUCGUGGGCUAUCGUUGGUGUUUACACCGAAUAGAUCCAAUCCAAUCAAACUUGUCCUUCUCUUGGUGUAUUGCUAUGCAAUUGAACUUUACGCUAAACCCCGCCCCUUGGAUAUUGUUGCUAAGUUCCCACAAAACAACAAUGUCAAAACAUACGUAAAGAUGUGCGUUUUGUUGGACAACAUGUGUGCUUGUUAGACAUGCACGUAUUCCUGGCCCUUUUCUGAUUGGUCAGUUUGUUAAGUUUGAUUGAGACUCUGGAAAGGUCCAUUUGUAGAUUCUGUGAUAGCACUGAGAAAGUAGCAGACAGUAUUAUUGAGAAUACUGUGGAGUAGCUUUUAAUUUCAAAUGCAAAUUGAGUACCAAGUUAAAGCGAUACUAGUCUUUGUACCAUUAGUCCAUUCUAGUGCCCUUUCCAAUGCAAAUGGCCGUCUACAAACAUUUAGCAUUUAGUAGUCCAUUUCUGACAACAGUUUAUACACGAUGUUUAAAUGUUUUUCUUAAUGCAUUAGGUAUGUUACCAUUUUUAUUAAUAGAUAUUUAUUACGAUUAAAACGAAUAUGAGACCUAUUUAGCCACCAGUGUAUUUAAACAAGAAAAAUCAAUCUACAAUAAAAUAUAUUUUUUGUCAAAUUUGAAGGAAUAGGAAAUUAAAUACCACUUUUUACAAUCUACAGUAUUUUAAUUGUUAACGAUAAUAGUUAUCCACCAACUUCAGAAAUGUUUACUUGUUUCGAUCAAAUUUUGUAUAUAUUUUAUAUAUUUCACCAAAAGAAAUUCCACCGUUUUUCAGGCCUCCCAAGUUGUUUUUUUUUUAAUUCCACAUAUAAAGUUGCUGAAAAGUGUUUCUUGGGGUUUAAAAUACCGAUAUAUACAUGUAUAUAAUGUACUGUACUUAGUAACGCAAGUUCAAAUAACAGUGCAAUUAUGCUUUAAGGAAUUAUUGUAAAGUGAACAUUUAUUAUUCCACUUGCUGUUCUUUGGUUUUCCUAUCUGCCUAAAAUCAUAUUAUAUACACAAGUAUCUCAUUCGAGAUCCAGCAAGCUUUAAAUUAAUGUACAGAAGAGUGUGUAAUUUAUAGAUUUUCUGGCAGUCUAGACAAUGCGAUUUUAGCGGUAUAUCAAAAGUGUGACGUCAGACAUGUUGAAAGGAACUCUACUACUACUACUACUACUGGCGCUUAGAACACCACAGCGCUUUCGUGCUCAAGUGAUUAUGCCGCUGGCAAUGUAUUCGAAAACUCUUGGAUUCGGGUCCCGGUGGAGAAUUAGUUUGUAUUCUUUCUUUCUCAGUUUCCUCAUCUGUUUUGUAUUAUUCUUUGCAUUUAUUUCGCUUGCUGUUUUAGGGUAUUUCCCGUAUGUAAUUGAAUUGGUAUAAAUGACAUAAUUUAAGACAGUUAAGAGUAACACCAAUUGCAAACCCCACCGUUUUUUUAAUUUUUUUUUAAAUUCUUUAUUACAUUUAAAGUUUAAAUUAAGUUAAGCACCUUCUGGAGUAAGAUUUAAUUCUUGAGAACUUUAUUUUCAAAAUUAGUUGGUGCUAACUAAUAUGCUGUUAUACAUGUUUUUAAAAUACAUAUAUUUAUAAUGGCAUGUAUAGAUUUUUAUAUAGAACAAUAUGUAAUUCUAUUGUGUUGCCUUAAGACUUAAGAAAAUUAGAAUUUUACUACUGGUACCGUAAUUUUUAUUAUGUGUAAAACGUCUGUCCAAUGACAACGUCAUUCAAACAAUAGCAAAUCGAAAAUGUUAUUACUUGUUUAGGAUGUUAAUAAUAUUCAUUGAGAAUUUGAUAGUGGUCAUGUUGUAGUUUAUUGUUAACGUCGUAUUCAUCUAUGUUGUGUCUUUUUAGAAAAUAUAGUUGAUUAUAUCGAAAUCUAUUUUGUUGUGUACAUUUGAGUAAUAAAAGACGUACAGAUACAUUAAA